AUGGAGCCCUGCCGGUCCCUGGCCCUGCUCACUAGCUCCCUGGGCCUGUUGUCUCUCUUGGUGGCUCUGAGCACGAAUUUCUGGUUUGUGGCCGAGGGGCCCAGCUUCUUGUCUCACUCGGGCCUCUGGCCAAGAGGAGAUCAGGGCUCAGUAGAAGGCUAUAUCCACGUGACACAGAGCUUCUGCGUUCUGGCUGUCCUCUGGGGCCUGAUCUCUGCGAGCUUUCUGGUCAUGUCCUGCAUCCCUUCACUGUCUGCUCCUGGACGCGGCCCCAUUGUCUCGACCUUCAUAGCCUUUGCCGCAGCCCUGUCCCUGCUAGUGGCCAUGGCGGUCUACACCAUCGAGCGGUGGAAGCAGCCUGGACACCCCCAGAUCCAUUCUUUCUUCUCCUGGUCCUUCUACCUGGGCUGGGCUUCAACUGUCCUCUUUCUCUGUGCAGGUGGCCUGAGUCUGGGAGCUCACUACAGGGCCCACCGGCCUGGCUACGAGGCCAUGUGA